CAAUCGCGAAUUAUAAUUAUCUAAAUUUAGAAUCGACUACGUAUUUCAACAGGCUAUUUUAAUGGAGAACAAGAACAGAACAGAACGGGGUUAAACCUAUCGUAUACAGUUAAUUGUAGUAGUUAAUUUCCGUCGGUAUUUCCACCACGUCAGCUUUCGAUAUAAAAUAGAAACUCCAAAUUCACAGUCGGUAAAAGAUUUUACAAGUGAUGACAAUACAUUAUCAAAAGUGUUAGACUGGAAGUCCACACUCCGCCAUGACUUCUACCGUGUGCUGCGCAUGCGAAACAAACCUCGAGGAGGAAUUAGAUGGAAAUUCUUGUACAAUAUGUAAUAAGGUUUUCUGUGCAAGUUGCUGCGCACUGAAGUCCAAACUUGAACUGACCGCUGUCCAUCGAGGGCGCAGGUCAUGUGCUUGUCAGCGCCUCAUCAAACUGAAUAUGUACAGCAGGCACAAGGAAAUAGGCGAAUUAAAUCCUUAUUUUGCCACCCCGCCCAUAAAUGUGUUUUGUGUGCUAAACAGCCCGCCUGGAACAUUUUCAACGACAAAUUCGUCCAAAAAGGAACAUUGUGACAAAGUAGAAAUUGGCUUAAAACCAAAGAUCACCAACACUAUAUCAACAACUGUUACAACACUACCGCUUUCGGGGAAAAACGGAACAAAGAAAAACGACAUAAAUGGAGAACCACGAAUGUCCCCAAAACAGUGCGCUAGUAAUACUCAAUUUUCACAAGUGACGAAUCAUAUGUUAAUACCAAUAACAGACGGUAAAAGGAAAAAUAAAAACGAAAGGCAUUCCUUGACUAAUCCCGACGCUGUAGCUUACUGCAAAGAAACACUUCCAAGGGUAGAUUAUGAACCUGGCGAGAUUUCGCGCAAACUUUCAUCUGAAAUCGUAUCAGAUGCAAAUGCGUAUGCAGAAACAGGCGAUACAGAUAAUGACGAUUCGUAUGAAAACCUGAUGCACUAUGACAAAUUUCCAACAGCAAUGAAAGCGCUAUGGGAAUCACAAGGACGGAAACACAACGAUGGAAAAGCAAAUAACAGCAUGAUGGUAUCAUCUAUCAUGGAUAAAAAGAAAAGAAAAAGGACAAGAGUUCCUAUCUCAAAUGUUUCAUCUAUACAACAAAACGAAGUGGUCCAAGCAAUAAAUGAAAAAGAUAAGCAGGAGCUUAUGAAACAAGCGGAAAGAGAAGUAUCACACAAAUCAGCGGCUUAUGCUCGAGCAUUUGACAAACUGAAACAUAUGUGGUCAUCAAAGAAGAGUAAAUGCAUUGCAUGUAGCAACCCAGAUUGUCAGGGAGAUUUUGUCCAGUCAAUUCAGGGUUUGAUGCACGAGGCUCGCAAACAAGGUCUUGAGGUUAACGACGUACCUCCUGAUGGAAAUUGUAUGUUCACAGCUGUCUGUGACCAACUUCAGACACACAACGAUUUUUCGUAUACUGCAAGCACUUUGCGUGAAAUGGCCGUCUUUUGGUUACAAGAUCACCCGUUUUUGUCUGAUGACAGCAACACUCAUUUUCAAGCUUUCAUGGAAGAGAGAUGGGAAUCGUAUCUUCCCAGAAUGAUAAAAGAUGGUGAGUGGGGCGAUCACGUGGUUUUGCGAGCAGUGGCCAACGUUACUGGGUGCACUAUUAAAAUCCUCAAUGCUCACGGCAAAACAUGCACAUGGACGACAUUAGAGCCAUCAGAAAUGCCAGACGGAAGACGUGAAAUUAUGUUGGGAUUGGUUGGAGAAAGUCAUUAUACAAGUCUGAGAAAAAGAGAUGUGGCUGUGGUCCGUGUGGUCUCUCAGAACGAUGACCAACCAACAAUGGCAACAGAGGAAUUGAAAUUAAGUGAAGAAGAUCGCGCCUUAGUGGAAUUGUUCAUCAAAGACCACGUGGACAGUAGCAGUAGGAUGCCAAUGUGUUCAUUUUCAUUUCUCAUUACACGACUCUUUUCAAUAAACGGUGUGGUCAGCGAGGCGGCCGAACAUUCAUUUCAACAGUUGCAAACGUGGACGGAAAUAGCUUUAAAGAACUUAAAAGACAGCAACUGUACACCAAUGAUCGGUGGGUGCAUUGGCUAUGGUAUAUAUCAUCCUCAGUUUUGUUACAACUCUGAAAACCCUAGCACGAUGUUCCGCAUGAUAGAUUUGAACAUUUUCUAUGUCAACAAGUUGGGUGAUUCAUUGGACCGCUGGGGUCUUGUAGGUCAUGGAACACUCUGCAGUGUGGGCUAUACACAGUUACAUUGUUCCAAGGAAUGUGUACCCGCAAGUACUUAUAAUACAAGCAACUGUGUUUUUACUACCAGAAAUGGUGGCCAGAUUAGUGCAGUCUAUGUUGUUCAUUGGCCAGUUUGGCCUCUAGAGGCAAAUGAAUGGAUAAGCAGAGAAAGACAUUCAGAUUGGCCGCCGGAAAAGAUCGUCCGUGACAUAUGUUCCAAGGGAUGUCAUUUGAUUCCGGAGGCACACGUGAACAGCUUAGAUCCAGACAUGGAGUGGAAAUUCUGUUUUGUUGAUGCUGUAACAAACCUGUUUCAGACAGCACUUUCGAUGAAUCAACAGUACUGUUUUCUGAUAGUGUUUGGUAUGUGUUUUGAGGUGUUCAAACACCUGGACGUUUUUAGUUUGGAUUGGCUUAUUAAUCCAUUUUUGUUUAGUUGCGAACGUUGUCCUUCGGAGUUCUGGCAAAGUCAUCCUGCUUCUUGCGUAAUGUUGAUUAUCGAAAAUAUGAUGCUGUGUUUCAAAUCACGUUGUCUUCCGAACUAUUUUAUACCUUCGUGGAACAUGAUUGAAGCCUUAAGCGAAGAAACAGCCAAGUUAGUUAUGGAAAUCUUGGGCAACAUGCGUUCAGAACCAUCAGUUGUGUUUCGACAAAUGAGAGAGAAUUUCAACUUGUCCCCAGAAACAGUAGAAGCCUUUGAAAAAGUAUGUCAAGACUCGCAGAAUUUUGAAAACACAAAGUCGAUCACCCUGAACACUUUUAUACCAUGUAUGAUCGACAUCGCCAAGCGUUACAUUAAAAGCGCACAAUAUAUCUGCGCUUUAGAGGGAAUAAACGAAGCGUUCCAAUCCCGUUUAUCUGUUGCAACAUGUGAGGACUCCAUGUCAUUUGAAAAUUUUAUUCAAGGGUGCUUCAAUGGCCUGAAUACUUUUGAGUCGGGUUGGUUCGCAACUUUCGUCGAUAAGCAGCUACAAGGUCAAUUGUCGAGGCCACUCAUCAGGCUGGUUUUAGAUGACCGAGAAAUAAAAAGAAUUGAUGAAGUACUUGAAAAAGAUAUCGCUGGCUUUUACGGAUCUUCAGAAGUUCCGCUGUCGUUUUCAUAUCAGUUUGACAACUUUUGUCGCGAUUAUGCCUCGUUCCUUGUAUUUGUCAAUAAGAUGUCCGAUGCGCUGCCUGUGUUGUACCGAUGUCAUGAACGUUACCAAGAUUAUCUAAGUGGCAAGGGAGAUCUAUACUUUUCAGAAGAAACAAUGCUAGAAGUGUAUGCCGGAAUAUUUGCUUUGUACAAACGGCGGCAUCAAACAGUAAUGUUCAAAGAAGUUAUUGAAUUCGCAAGUUCGACCGUAAAACGCGUAAAUAAACCAAGAGGAUACGGUUGGCUUGCUCAUGUUUACGACAAGCUUAAUGAUGUAAACGGGGAGCAAACAUGCACUGCUAAAAAGGAAGAACUAUUAAGACAGAGGGCGACUGGCACAGACGAGUUCAGUUUGAUUCACUGGCCGAUGAAGCGUGUGGAUGAUAAUGCUGCACGUGGAAAAUAAGCGCCCCGGAUCACUUGCAAUUAUAUAUGUGAAUAUAUCAUCAAUCCGAAUGCCAAUAGGUCAGAAAUAAUAAUAAUAAUUAAGAAUGCAAUAUGAAUAAAUGGUAUAACGUGAUGUGUUAAACAACAUAACUUGUUGGGUAGUUAUAUCUUGGUUGUAUAAUAAUGUCGUAAUGUUUACGAGAGGUGUUUAGCCACUAGGUAGCAUGACUAAAUUCAAUUUAUCAAUGAGACCUUUGUACAUAUUGGCAAUUAGGUAAUUUACAUAAAAUGUUUUGUUCGGGUGUUGAUGCAAUGUUUGAGCAUCUGCAUAUGAUUUGAAAUAAUACAAUGGAUACUAUUGCUUAUUUUUUCGUCAUAUAUAAACAUCAUUUGGUAAAAGUAGACAAUGUUGACUUUUUUUCUUUUUUUCUAUGUAUUUAGUAUAUUGUCAUCAAGUGCAUUUUGAUUCUUUUCCCUAUUACAUUGGCCUUGGAAGUCAAAUAAACUGAGUUAAGUGGGAUGAUGCAUGAUACAGAAGAUGCACUAGUGCCUGUUGUAAAGCAAAUAUUGCUAUGCUAUGCGCUUUUAAGUUUAAUUUAAAACAAAAGUUAGUAUGUUGUGGGAUAACGACCCUGUUGUCCUGGGUUGUAAAAUCAAUAAGUAACAACAGGACAAAGGAUCCGAUACUUAUUUAUUGUUGUGUAGUAUUUCCCAGAUACGAAAUGCUGUUCUUUUGCAGGCUAUAAAUCUGUAGAUUAAAUGCUGUUUAUUUAAAUCUAAAAACAUUACGUAUGCAUGCCCGUCAGCUCAAUUCAAAAACAUACUGGUUAUGGUUUUUAUUCAGACUACAUUUUGUACAGUCCAACUUGAAUUUUCCUCUUUCCAUUUUUUAAUGCACACGAUUGUUGUUACAUUUUUGUAACAUAUGCAUGUAUGCUUCAUCACAUUUUGAAUUUGUUUUGUUGGAACGUCCCAUUUAAAAAAACGACUAAUUUACGAGUUUAUUUUAUAUUUAUAUCAGUGUUCAAUAUCAUUAAAACAAAGUGAUACUUCAUUCUAGAAAAUUAAUGAAUCACCGUUGAUAUCCAAUAUCACUUUCGUCUCAAGCAAUUGUUAUUAAUUGAAAUUAAGAUAAUUAUGUAGUAAAUGUUAUUUGAACUAAAAUAUAAAAUUGUAUAUGUAUUUGUUUGAGUUAAAUUAUGUCUCUUAAUAAUAUCAUAUUCAUUUUCAUGCAAUUAAACGACUAGAUUACAUCCAGUGAUUUCUGGCUCUUCGUUGGUUAAUUCUGCAUUCUCAGUAAUUUAAGAACAUAUACGGAAAUAUCUUAUUAGUUAAUCAGAGCGAGUUCAGUGAAAGAAAAUACGCUUUUAUACAAUAUGCUCUUAUUAACUUCAACACCAUUGGAACAUGAUAAAAGACGACUUUCAAAUAUGGCAAUGUUUGCUUAUACUUUUAAGAAAGCCUAGUUCAAACAACCAAUCAAACGUCAUGCUUCAAUUAACAAAACUUUUAACAGAACGGUUGGAAAACCAUUGGAUCAAAGUAUACGUUGUAUUGAUAUGGGCUUUUGUUUAAUGAAAAUGUUCAACCUUUUUAUUAGCUAGUCGUUUCAUGUAUUUGUAUGUUUGUUGAAAUAAACAUGAUAAGCAGAA